GGAUAUAAAGCAGGCAGCGGGAUGUGGCUGGAGCUUGAGGCGCGCAGGGCCGGAGAUGCUGCAGCCCCGCGACCCGGAGCAGCUCGGAGCGGUGAAUAAUAGCUCUUCAAGUCUGCAAUAAAAAAUGGCCUCCAAUAAAACUACAUUGCAAAAAAUGGGAAAGAAACAGAAUGGAAAGAGUAAAAAGGUCGAAGAGGCAGAGCCUGAAGAAUUUGUGGUGGAGAAAGUAUUGGACCUACGUGUAGUGAAUGGGAAGGUGGAGUAUUUCCUGAAGUGGAAGGGAUUUACAGAUGCUGACAAUACUUGGGAACCUGAAGAAAAUUUAGAUUGUCCAGAGUUAAUUGAAGCAUUUCUUAAUUCUCAAAAAGCUGGUAAAGAAAAAGAUGGUACAAAAAGAAAAUCUUUAUCUGACAGUGAAUCUGAUGAUAGCAAAUCAAAGAAGAGAGAUGCUGCUGACAAACCAAGAGGCUUUGCCAGAGGUCUUGAACCUGAACGAAUAAUUGGUGCCACAGACAGCAGUGGAGAAUUGAUGUUUCUCAUGAAAUGGAAAGAUUCAGAUGAGGCUGACUUGGUGCUGGCAAAAGAGGCAAAUAUGAAAUGUCCUCAGAUUGUGAUUGCUUUUUAUGAAGAGAGAUUAACUUGGCAUUCUUGUCCAGAAGAUGAAGCUCAGUAAUUGUUUGCAUUGUUUUUUAAUAUAUAUUUAUAUAUAUAUAUAAAAUCUGGGUCUUGGUUUUCGAUUUACUAGUGUGAAGAAAUAACUACAUUCUAAUGAAAAUCAAGUUUGAUACAUUGGUUUUGAAAGUAGUAUUGGGGGAGUUGUUGUGAAUUUUUUUAUUUUUAUUUUUUGCAUCGAUGGCACUGGUUACUUCUAACAGAUAAAAGCUUUCUGUAGUUGCUUCCUUUAUCAGAAAAGAACGUUUGCUUUUCUGAAUAUUGGGGAAAGUUGUCAUAGUCAGUUCUUCAAUCAGAACUUGAUUUUAACUGAUACUAAAGGAUCAUUCUGGGUUGUUGUAUGUGUAUACUUUUAUAAAUGGUUUUCUUUUUUUGUUUUUGUUUUUAAAUUUUACCAAAAGAAAAACCAUGGGAAGACCCAUGUUUCUGAGGUUCCAUCAUUCUGAGCAACCUAAGAAAUAAGUCCCUUCAAGUUAAACUGAAGAUUUUCAUGAAGCCAUAACCUUUUAAAUUAAAUAGUUUGUAAGUCAUUUGGACAAGUUAAAUUAGAUAAUUUAAAAGAAGCCAUAUCAGAACCUGUAUCUAAAUCUAUAGUCAUAAAUGCAAUGGCUUAUAAAAACUUUAUUGGUACUAGUAGUCAUCCCUCCUGAGAUCAGAAAAUAGACAUCCUGGUGUGCUGUAAUAAACUAAAUAAGCAAGGUAAAUGGACAUUUGAAUAUUUGUUCUAGCGAGCCAUUACUUUACAAACGCCAAAAUCCCUAUGCUGUAUCGACUAAAAGGCCAUGAUUCAUGGAAUGACUAAGACUUGGCUCCUGAAAACCUGAUCAGAUUGUUAGACAUUGGCAUUUUAGGACCUGCUGGCAUAAGUGGGUAAACAAGUGGUUGUAAUCUAAAUUAUUGACCUGCAUGUUUUGUCUUUGUCCCGUCUCAUUCCUUACAUGUAGGCUCAAUCUUCGCGGUGUUUGGGUUACUGGUUCAGCAGAUGCCAGGAAAAAUAACUUUGUAGUAAUCAGAAUGUUAUCCAACUGUAUAUUGUUUACUUUAUUGUAAAUACUGGUGAACAGUGGUCAAUAAAUAGUUUUAUAUUCCUUUAAAAAAAAAUAAAGCAGGCAGCAACUU